CGCUGGUCCUGCUCUGCUGCUUCGUGGCCUCGCUUCUGCUCCCAGGACAAGCAGAAGAGGCGGAAGAUGUGAGUGAGGAAGCCCCGCUGAGGGACCGCUCCCACAUUGAGAAAACUCUGAUGCUGAAUGAGGACAAGCCAACUGAUGAUUUCUCUGUGGUGCUGCAGCGGCUUCGAAAGAUCUACCACUCAUCCAUCAAGCCCCUGGAGCAGUCUUACAAAUACAAUGAGCUUCGGCAGCACGAGAUCACAGAUGGGGAAAUCACAUCCAAGCCAAUGGUGCUGUUCCUGGGACCGUGGAGUGUUGGCAAAUCCACCAUGAUAAACUAUCUCCUUGGGCUGGAAAACACUCGCUACCAGCUCUAUACAGGCGCCGAGCCCACCACCUCCGAGUUCACGGUCCUCAUGCACGGGCCCAAGCUGAAGACCAUCGAGGGUAUCGUCAUGGCUGCUGACAGUGCCCGGUCAUUCUCGCCCCUUGAGAAGUUUGGCCAGAAUUUCCUGGAGAAGCUGAUCGGCAUUGAGGUUCCCCACAAACUUCUGGAGCGGGUCACAUUUGUGGAUACGCCAGGCAUCAUUGAGAACCGCAAGCAACAAGAAAGAGGUUACCCAUUCAAUGACGUGUGCCAGUGGUUCAUCGACAGAGCGGACCUCAUCUUUGUUGUCUUUGACCCAACCAAGCUGGACGUGGGUCUGGAGCUGGAGAUGCUCUUCCGCCAGCUGAAGGGGCGCGAGUCCCAAAUAAGGAUCAUCCUGAACAAAGCCGACAACCUGGCCAUGCAGAUGCUCAUGAGGGUCUAUGGGGCCCUCUUCUGGAGCCUGGCCCCGCUCAUCAACGUCACGGAGCCCCCAAGGGUGUACGUCAGCUCCUUCUGGCCAUAUGACUACAAGCCCGACACCCACAGGGACCUGUUUCUCAGGGAAGAGAUCUCCCUCCUGGAAGACCUGAAUCAGGUGAUUGAGAACAGGCUGGAGAACAAGAUUGCCUUCAUCCGCCAGUAUGCCAUCCGGGUCCGCAUUCACGCCCUCCUGGUCGACCGCUACUUGCAGACGUACAAGGACAAAAUGACCUUCUUCAGUGAUGGGGAACUGGUCUUUAAGGACAUUGUGGAAGACCCUGAUAAAUUCUACAUCUUCAAGACCAUCCUGGCAAAGACCAACGUCAGCAAAUUUGACCUUCCCAACCGCGAGGCCUAUAAGGACUUCUUUGGCAUCAACCCUAUCUCCAGUUUCAAGCUCCUGUCCCAGCAGUGUUCCUACAUGGGAGGUUGCUUUCUGGAUAAGAUUGAGCGGGCCAUCACCCAGGAGCUCCCCAGCCUCCUGGGAAGCCUUGGGCUGGGGAAGAAUCCAGGUGCUCUCAACUGUGACAAAACAGGGUGUGGCGAAACCCCAAAGAAUCGCUAUAGGAAACCCUAGGUUGCUGUGUCGCCAUUCUUGGGCUCCUGUUGGUGAAUGAGCUUGUGUCCUAACUGUCUGAGAAGUCCUGGUUUAUUAACCCUUUGAGCCACACUGGCAGGAACCGUUAUGCAUUGGAGAUUUGGGAGUU